CUCAGCCUUAUAGUAGUAAUCUUCUUGAAUAAUUAUCCUACCUGGAUUUGCACCUACUGGGAUUUGCAGUUUAUUUUUUGUAGACGGAAUUGCUCUCAAUCAAUAUACAAAGGAGCUCUUCUUCUAUUUUGUUUUAAGAUUUACAUAGUUACGGUUCAGUAUUAUUCUGGCAUCUAGUUGCUUUGUGGUUUUGGAAUUUUAGCUUUUGGUAUUUCUUCUUGCGUGGAGUAUUGGUGUCUGGUGUUUAGUUUCUUGGACCCUUAAAAUGUGUUCCUUGGAAUUUUAUAAUAAAUUUAGGGGGAAGCUGAAUCAAAUUCUCACUGAUGGGGAAGAUCUCGUGGAAGAAGAUGAACUUUUAAUUAAUUAAUUUCAAAAUCGGAAAGUCCUAGGGAGGUCUUAGACCUUGCAAAGGAUAUGAAGGAGGCAGGAAACCUUCUUUUCAAACAAGGAGAUAUAGAAGAUGCUCUAGAAAAGUAUGGUUAUGCUGGAAUUAUACUUGGUUGUUUUCAGUUUGAGGAGAAUGAUGAUAGAGCUGAAUUUUUUGAUCUGGCUAACUGUAUUCUUCUAAAUUCAGCAGCAUGUUUUAGUAGAAAAAGGGAGUUUGAGCAAGUGGGUAAAAUUUGUUCGGUUAUAUUGGAAUUCAACCCCAACAAUGUGAAAGCUUCGUAUAGAAGAGCCAUGGCUGCUAUAGAAUUAGGGAGAAGUGACUUGGCCUACCCAGACUUGUUAAUGGCCUCUCAUAAUGAUCCUAGAAAUACAGAGGUUCGUAAGAAGCUUGAGGAAGUAAAACAGUCCCGAGAAAAGGAGGUGUCAGGAAAACAUUCCUUAGGUGAUGUUCCAAUUGGGUUAGGACUUGGCCUAUCUCCACCGAGGAAAAAGUCUAAAGGGGAAUUGGUGAAAGAACAUACCAUUGAUCAAGUUCAGCUUCAUGAAAAGGAGCAUAUUAUGUCUGAGAAAAUUGGGUGUGACGUUCGCUUGGGAUUGAAUAGUACAGUAAGUGAGCCAGUUUUAUCUAUCAUGAAAGACAAGCAUUUGUCGGAAAGUUCAAGUGUUGUUGAGGAAAAUCUCAUGUCUGCAGUAUUGGAAGGAGCAGAGGAGAUGAUGGAAGAUGUUUUAAGUGUUUCAAACUCUGAGAAUUCUAAGCCAGUGGAACCCAAUUACCGGGUUGUUAACCGAUUGAGGUCGGGUUCAUCAUUGUCUAUUUCAAAGAAAGACUAUCAGUUGUUGUUGAAAGGCAAGACUAUUCAAUAUUUUAACUCUAAGGUGGCGUCUCCUAUGACCAUUAGAGUAAUAGGUGGUGGCCUAGACAAUACUAUGAAGAGGAAUUAUGAAUGCCAUGAGAAAAGGUUGGAAGACUCCUUUAGGGUGGAUAUGCCACAACAUAGUUCAAUUGUUAGUGGCUUAAAUGAGGAGUUAGAAAACCAAAGAGAAGAGAGGUUGAGAUUGGAUGGUCAUUACAAUUUAUUUGAUUCCAAUAAAGAGUCGGAAAGUGAGUCCAUGAGCGUCACUACGGAAAACUAUCACCAUAUAGGAGAUGCAAGUGAGUACAGGGACGAUGCUUGCUUCAAGUCAACGGCUAGUAUCCAGCAAGAUGAGAAAUUUGAUCCAGGAGUUAAGGUGAGAAAGAAGGAUGGUCGUUGCAUUGGAAGGAAGGCUACGAGGAAGCAAGUGGACAAGAAGGAAAAUGCUAUCGUAACUCACUCCUACCCUGUCUUUAGCAGUAUCAAAGUUGAAAAGAAGAGAAAGGUUGUUACCCCGCCAUCUGAUUGCAUACAACGUCCAAGGAAGAAGGUUUUAUAUGCGUCCCUUACCAAUAGUAUCGAGUCUUAUGCUAGUAGUUUCGAGUCUUGUGCUAGUAGUGUCGAGUCAUGUAUUAGUAGUGAUAAGUCUUGUAACAAUAAGGUCAUAUGUGUAUCCCAUGAAAUGGCCAAUAGCCAAGAGUAAUGGGUGUUGUUGUUUUUGCC